AAAAAAUAAAUACUGGCCGGCGCCCGCCCUGGUGGCAGGGGUGAGGUUUAGGUGGUGGCUUCAGAGAUGGAGGGCUUUCUGAUGGUUCCAGCUCAAGCAUCAUGACGGGGAAGAAGUCUUCCCGGGAGAAGCGGCGCAAAAGGAGCGGCCAGGAGGCGGCGGCGGCGCUCGCGGCGCUGGACCUGGUGGCCUCGCUGGGCGGCAGCGGCGAGGGCGCCGGCGGCGGCGGGAAUGCCGGCUUCCCUGGGAGUGGCGCCAGCGGGGCCAGCGCCGAGCGCAGCGAGCACAGGAAGUGGCGGAGCAUGGACUCAGCCUUAGGGGUGCCGGGCUCGGCGCCGCAGGAAGCCAAAUAUCUUUUACCAACUUUGGAAAAAGAAUUAUUCUUGGCAGAGCACAGUGAUCUUGAAGAAGGUGGUCUGGCUGUGUCAUUAAAACCAGUUAGUUUCUACAUAUCAGACAAAAAGGAAAUGCUUCAGCAGUGCUUCUUUGUCAUCGGAGAGAAGACGGUACAGAAAAUGUUGCCUGACGUGUUAAAGAACUGUUCAGUAGAAGAAAUUAAAAAAUUAUACCAAGAACAGUUAGAACUCCUAUCUGAAAAAAAAAUAUUGAAGAUUCUUGAGGGUGACAAUGGUAUGGACUCUGAUAUGGAAGAGGAGGCAGAUGGCUCGAAGAAGGGAUCUGAUUUAGUCAGUCAACAAGACAUGUGUAUAGAUUCCUCUUCAUCCCUGAAAGAGAACAAGCAACCUGAACGUCUGGAAUUAAAACAAGGCAAAGGGGAAGAUAGUGAUGUUCUCAGUAUAAGCGCAGGUGCUUAUGACAGCGACAUAGAAGGCCCAUGCAAUGAAGAGGCAGCUGGUGCUAAGGUCCCAGAAAAUACAGUCCAUAGUGAAGCUGGUCAGAUAGAUGAUCUGGAGAAAGACAUUGAGAAAAGUGUGAAUGAGAUUCUGGGACUGGCAGAGACUAGCCCAAAGGAGCCCAAAGCAGCUACCCUCAUGGUUCCUCCACCAGAAGAUGUUCAGCCUUCUGCACAGCAGCUGGAGCUGCUAAAACUUGAGAUGAGGACAAGAGCCAUUAAAGCCCUGAUGAAAGCUGGUGAUAUAAAAAAGCCCGCCUAGUUAUUUAAUUUGAACCUGAAUUUUAGGUGUGUUUGAACAAAGCCACAUGAUAUGACUUUGUAUCUGAAAUUUAUUUGGGUCUUACAUGAUAUUUCUCAUGUAACCCUUGUUAGAUAAACUCAAUCUAGACCUAAAAUACCUAUGGCUAUUUUUGUUGAUGUUACUUUUAUAUUAUAUAUUUGUUAUUGUUUUAUGAGUGCAUGACAAAUAUUGUUAGAUAAUUGGAUACUUUGUUAGAUAAGUAUUUUAGCUUGUCUGCAGAUUAAUAUCUGAAAAGCCAUUAGCAGAGUCAUGGUAAUUUUUUUCUUAAUUUUUAAAUAUUUUGGUACCAAGCCUAAAAGCUUAAGAAAAAUUGACUAAGCAUGUUGCUCUUAAGACCACCUAUAUUUUGCAACGAAAUAUUAAAUUAGUGCUCCUAAAUUUGUUAACAAUUUAAGAAUUUUAGUUAUGCUCAUAUGCACCUUGAAAAUAUGUAUUAUCUUGAAGAUAUAGACCUUCUAUGGUUGUGGAUUUACUAGUAAAAACCGAGCAACAUUUUUUACUGUAAGGCUUAGAGAUCUGAAAUGUCUGAGAAAAACUUAUUUAAUAAAGAAAAAAAGGACAAUGUAAGUCAGUUUUUAAUAAUGUAGAGUAGUUGCCCAGUUUUAGUUCCAAUAGACAAGCCAUUCUGACAGGUGUUUGAUUUUUAUUGGACACUUUGUUGAAGUGUUUUUCUUCACUAAAAAGGGAACAUGUUUUCAUUUUCAUUCCAAGCUAUCUGGAAGAGGAGAAUAUUUUAUCAUAGAGAUGUUCGUCUGUUGUUUUUGCUUGAAGAUCUGAUGUGCUAUAAUCCCAUGAAUUAAAAAUAAUAAAGACUGUCAUUCUGAAUUUGAA